AUGCAUGUUUCAAGGCCUGCUAAGAAGCAGCGACGCAGAGACAAACCGGUUCAGCAGCAAGACGUUGCAGACGGGUCAAGUAGCGGAGUGCAGUGCGCCACCGUGGAUGGUCCGCGAAGCCCCGCUGAGAGUGACAUGUGGCCAGAUCUUAUCCUGGAGAGCUUGGAGCGGCAGGGUCUGCUGGGAAAUUUUGUGGAUGCUGUCACUCAAGGCAUUCAUUUUUCCAGUGACUACAGCGGCAUAGGAACAGCGGAGGAAGCCGCCAGAUGCCUGUGCCUUGCUGCAGAAGCUGCAACCCAGCGGCUGUGUGGAAAGCUGCCAUACUUGUAUGUUCAACGCUCCGGGGACAAGGAAGCGGAAUGUCGCACUGUGCUUCUGGCAUCUAGCCGCAAAGGAGGCCUUGGAGCCCCGAAGUGUGUCUUUGGCGACAUAGGGGAGCGAUGCAACAAAGACAUUUGGAACAAAGUAGCGGAAGAAAUCGACCGCAUCCACAACAGCGAGGUGACCAGUUUUUGCUACAAGCACGGUGGCCAAUGCCCUGUGUACCCUGUUUCCUUGCAAAGCGACGAUCAAGAUUCUGGUCCAGCGGCGUCGGCAUGCAAAGAAGAAGCAGGCUGCGAAGGGACAAGCAAUCAAGCGGGAAGCCCCGCUUUGAAACUACACGUAGCAGGCUUCAAUUGCUACGAUUGGUCGUCAAUGGGCAGCCGCAGGGGAUGGUUCGGACCAUCCACAUUGCCAUUUGUUCAAUGGCUAUCGGAGAGAUUGCAAUUUGAAGAAGAUAUCGUGGUAGGUGAAAACACGUUGAAUUUCGAUGUAGCAACGCUAGAGGAAAUGACUGCGCAUCAGUUCGAUCUAGAAUGUUUGAAUGUCAGCCCAACUCUGAUGGGUGAGCCUGUGGAGCGGCGGCGGCUUUACAUUUGCAUGCUCCGCAAAGGUAAGCGGCGGUGGAGACAUGAACUGCUGCGUCAGGGCUUGGGGGAAACAUGGCAAGAAGUUUUCGAAGCAGUCUUUCAACGAAACAUCGUCAUGACUGCAGCCGACAAGUUUCGGGCCCCGGCUUUGGGUGUGAAGAACUAUAUAGCCAAACUUGCUGAGCAGCAACACCUUCCCGAGAAGACCCGAAGCGGCAAGGACUGGUCUUGCUUCCAAGCGGUCAGCAGAGCUGUUCGAAACAAGAUCCAAGCCCACCAAGAAGAACUAGAGCGGAAGUUACUUUCUGCUGACCUUGACUCUGGCUUGGCAGCGACGGCGGAUGAUCCUUUGGAGCUGCGGCACUGGACAUCAAACGUCGCACAGCAGCCCCAUUUCAUGGGCCCGGUGCGCGGAAAUGUUCCCGCCAUGCUGCAGCAUACAAACCUUUGGAUUUUUGGCAAGCGGCGCCUAGCGCUGCCCAUGGAGCACUUAGAGAUCCAGGGCUGGAACAUAUAUGGAAAUUUCGACAACCCAUAUCGGUCAAACAUCUUCGAAGUUGAAACGGAAUGCACUGCCAAGUGGUUGGUGCUGUCACUGCUUUUCUAUUGGCUGCAACAGAAGAUGUUACAGCAUGAAAGAGAAGCAGCCCGACUUAGAGCACUGUGA